AACAACGUCAAAACAGUGAAACCUUUUUUUUUUCGUUUUGUGCGCAAGAGCUACCCACUGAAAGUAUUGAUCGACACCAGUCGAAUCCAUAGCAGUAGUAUUUCUACAUCUACACCCACGUAGGCGUAGUUUUGAAAUCCAGUGUCGAAUAGCGUACAUAGGCCUGAGCGCCUUGACUUUUUUUCGCGUAGACACCAGGCAGAGUCCCAUUCCAUUCAUGAUUUUGUGUAAAAACGAAAACACCACAUCCACUACGAGUAGUAUAAGUUUACGUUUUUUGCAAUAGAGAACUACCCACUGACAAAUUGCAAUUCUUCCUCGCGGCCGUGCUUUUCGCCCCCAGCGCCGCAGCCUAGCAUCAUGAACGUUCUGCAGAAUUACAACACGCGGUCGAAUCCCUACCCCGCAACCUCCUCCUCUUCCUCCACCGCAACGCAAAGAAACGUCGCCUUUCCCGAGCCCUUCAUCUGUCCUUUAGGUGGGAGCCUCCUUUGCGAUCCGGUGAUCGCCAUGGACGGCUAUUCGUACGAAAGAAACAACAUUCUCCGCUAUUUCCAACAGGAACGGCAAUACGGUGCUGGUGCAGCAACUUCUUCCUCAUCAACUACCCAGCAGGUGUGUUACCGCAGUCCGAAAACUGGUCAGGAACUCCCGUCAAAUUUUCUGAUCGCCAACCUGAACCUGCGAAAAGCGAUUGACUACUGGCUGGCGACCAAUCACAACAUGUACACCGGGGGAGGUGGGGCUGGGCCCGCGGGGAUGAAUCCGCGCAAUCCACCGCCAAUAAACAACAACUUUGACUUCGCCGCGAUGCCCCCGAACUGUACUCCUGUGCACCUGCAAGAGAUCAACGCUUAUGUGGUUGGUGUGCCGACGGAUGAAGCGGGGGUGGUGUUGGAUGAGUCGAAAAAGUUUUCCGAGCAGGUGCUACUAGGGCAUAUCAUUGACGAAAAACACACGUGGCGGUACGCCUGGGAUACAGUGAAGUCCGGGGCGGGGAAACACAAACUGCAGUUUGAAUGCAACAACUGGGUAUACUUUUUCUUGUUACUAGUACGUGCCAGAUAGUACAUAGAUAGCAGACGAGUUUUCGAAGACUCGGCUCUUUGUUAGGCAAAGAACACUCUACCUGAGCGGCCUGAAGAUGAUGACCAUGACGUCAUCAGAUGAAAAUCUUCUCACCACAGAUCGCCCGUCGCGGAUCUCCUUCCGGCGCAGCAGCAGCAGCCUCUUCCACCACCACCGCCCCCUCCUCUGAAUUUUCCCAAGACCAGCAGUCCCUAGACGGUCUUACCCUGCUCUCCAGCCGGCCGAUCCGCGUUCGUUUCGGGGAGACGAUGGAAUGCCACGUGAAAAUCCUGGAGAUUUCGAAACAGACCACCUGGGGCGGCAUGAAAAUUGGCUUAGUGCCGGAAACCUCCACGUCGUUACUAACCUCCGAAAACUUGUUUCAGGCGAUUGACGACCGCGGGUUUUAUUUCGACGACCAGAGAUGGUUUAAAGUGCCGGACGGGGGCAAUCAAUUGACCAGCUUCAACUCCGCUGCUUUGAAGGAGAACGACGUCUUGUCGCUUUUUCUCACCAACGACGGGAAAACUAUCCAUUUGUUCGUGACGCCCGGAGGAGUUGUAGCAGGGGGCGCAUCAGCAGGACCUGCACAAGGUGCGUACGCGACGCCGAGGCCUCAACAGAUCACGGUGGAAGACGUGAAUAUUCCGCUGUUUUUGGAGAAGCAGUUCUACACGUCGAGUAGCAGUUCGAAUAACCCGCGACUCAGCCCCUCGGCGGGCGGUACCAACUUGUAUCCGUUCGUGAUACUGAGCGGGAACUGCGAGGGCGUGGAAAUUGGGGUCGGGAGACCAAAUGAUCUGGUGCUGCCCGAAGGGUGCGGACUGAACUAUUGACUCAAUCAGUGCAAGAACGCGGUUCAUUCGCAUUCCUGAUGAAAAGUAUAGCAUCUAUUCACAGGAGUGACAGUGAGUGGUGAAAGACAAAACAAAGUGGAAUGCCCCAUUUCGCAGCAGUUUCUAUUUCUUGGCGGUGCCGCGAAU